AUGCCAUCGAUCAAUCUCCCCGAUCUCAGAUUUGAGCAAACGUUCUGGCGGCAACUCAACAGCUACGCCGGUCACCAGUCGAACGGCCAUCUGCUGCCACUCAGCUAUAGCUACCCGCACGGUAAAGUGCAAGGUCUAACCGACGCAGAGUUGGAUCGGUUAAAUCAGGACAUGGAUAAAAAGGAAGGGCAAGAGUUGAGUAGUGUUGUUCCCCAGCCAUUGAGCCCGAUUACGCCGGGAAUUGUGGUGUAUGCUAUACUCAAAGACGUGAUCCUCAUGCCGUUUUUGCAAGGUUUGUUUUUGACGGGAUUCUUGAUCUCGAUACGGCCGGUGUUGAAUACGGUGGUCAAAAACGGCCAACAAGCCGGAAUCUGGGUCUCGAAUCUACUUGGUCUCAACAGUUUGAAAGCAGGCGCCAGACGCCGUGCGUUUUGA